AUGACCACACUGGAUUACAAGCUGGACUUGAAUAUACCAUUAGAGUCUCUACAGCAUGUUGAGUAUGUUAAGAACUCUUUAAGUCCAGAUCCAGUUUUGAAGCCUACUGAGAUUCAGGUGGACUUUUACUCUAGCAAAGAACUUCUCAGCGAUGACAUUGCGCUGAUCAUUAAAUUUCAAGGACAAAGUGACCGUAUACUAAGGGUAGCUGUUAAUAAUAUGAUAGAAAAUCUGAAAACUUGUAUAGAAUGCUUAGAAGUGUUUGGUUGA